AUGAAGGUCUUGUAUGGCCUUUUUUCUCUCCCGGCCGUUUACGGCCAGGGCUUUAGCACGACCAUGCUUCGAUUCGGUUGCUCCGAGGUCGUCCUCGAUCGCAUCGAUCCUCUCGUCGAGCCCGGCGGUAUUCCCUCUGCUCACGUCCAUCAGGUUGUCGGAGGACUCGCGACAUGCACAACAUGCUCGUUUGAUCAAGAUUUGAGCAACUACUGGACUGCCAACGUGUACUUUAAGGCUCGAAAUGGAACCUACAAGCGUGUUCCCCAGAUGGUCAAUGAUGUGGGUGCCCCGUUUACUUCCUCGUGUCGGCUUUUGAGUUUUCCAACACCAAACAUCGAUCAACAACCAGGCUUCAGAAUGUUCACUGGCGAUGCAGCACGCCGCACCUCGACUGGCCUUGGUCGCAAGAUGCAGAGCUGCUAUCGUUGCUACACAGGUCCCAACUUCCAGGGCAACACCAUGAGCCCCUGCAUGGAUCCCAAGCUUGACACCGAGAGCUUUCCAACAACUCCAUGCCCCGGAGGCAUCCGCAGCAGUGUUAUCUUCCCCAUUGCUGACGACCCCCCAAGCUGCUGGGACGGGAAGAACCUCGACACACCGAACCACAUGGACCACAUUGCUCACCCUACGUCCGGGCCUGCCACCUUUGCCGUUGUCGAUGCUGCCUGCCCUGCGAGCCAUCCGGUCAAGAUCCCACAGGUCCACUACGAGGCAAGUGGUUGUUGUCGUGGCUUUGAUGUCUGGCUUACGCUGACGCUGACCGGCUACGGCCAACAUGGCGACUAUGUCUUUGGCUGGAAGGAUGACACUCUCCAGCACGCCAUGGACAACCGCUGCUUUGCUGCCACAUGCCGUGGUUUAACGACGCAGACCUUUGAUAAGGCUAACCAGUGCCAGGUCAAGAGAGUGGUUAAGGAGGAUAUCGACGGCUGUAAGUCUGCGUCCUGA